AUGCAGGAGAUGGACGGCGAGACGGAGCCGGCGCACCAUGCGCGUCGUCCCAUGAACGCCUUCCUCAUAUUCUGUAAACGGCACCGGAGCGUCGUGCGCGACAAGUACCCCAACCUGGAGAACAGAUCGAUCACCAAAAUUCUCGGCGAGUGGUGGGCUAACUUGGACAAGGAAGAGAAAGCUUGCUACACAGGUCUUGCUAAACAGUACAAAGACGCCUUCUUCAGCGCGAACCCAGACUUCAAGUGGUACAAGUUACCGGCUCCACCGCUCCGCACUCUCUCCUCGCGACCGCGCGAUUGCGACAAGCACGAGGCCGUCGGCGUCGAAUACCAUGAUUCAGAAUACGAAAGGACAAACAACAACUCCACUAAAAUAGACUUUAAUAAAAAAACCACUCAACACGAAGAGAGCCAGCCGAAGGAAGUGUCGAUCUUCACUCCCGGCAAACUCGCCGACGAAGCUCAAAUGGGAAGCCUCAGCAGCCUUCUCACGGCGAAGACUGAAAACAUUACUCCGAACCCGUACUACUCCCCCUUUAAGUUCAACUCGAUCUCAACCCCCACGGAAUACAGAUCUCAUAAUGCCAUAGAGCAAACGGAAAAAGAAGACAACAUACGCGAACUCCAGAACGCCCUGACUGAGACCACUAAAAUAUUCACCGAAGAGUUUGAAGAGAAGAGCGCCGGUGCACCUGAGGACCAAUACCUGAUAGACCAAAUCGUCGACAAGCGUUACUCGAAAGACGAAGAUGGCUACAUCAGGAAUUGGUCCGACGACGACAAGAAAUCGGGGAGGUCGUGCAAGGGGAAGCGUUACCAGGAGUUCAUGGCGGUCGGGGGACUACUCGUCAAACGGCAGAGGAGAGAUUGCGACAAAAUGGACGAAGGCUACAUCGCGACGUGUAGCUGGGAUCCGGGGAGCUAUCCGGACGACCUAGUCAACGAGACGACGAAAUCGACGUCCACGAUCGAUACUUCUACGGAAGGCGAGAAAGCCGAAGUCGAAACGUCCGAAUCAGACAAUAACAUAAACAAAACAUUCAAAGCUGCAGACUUCGACCUGGAUGCGAAGAUCAAAGCGUUGCCGUCGCUCAGCCUCGAAAAGUUCCAGCAGAAGAAACGCGAAAACAAGCGCAAGAAGAAAACCAUCAACUUGAAGCCCAAAGCGUUGGAAUCGUCCCAGAUAAUUAACUCUGUGCCGCGGCCGUUGGCGGACGAGAGGCGCGAGAUGGCGGAGCACUGGCGCGAACAGGUGAUCGGGAGCCAGAAGCGGAAGCCGAGGAAGAUCAGCAUCACGCGACUCGAGAUCAACAGCCUUGUGUCCGGCGACAGGAACGGCGGGCACAAGAUAAGCCCCGAGAUCAAGAUAGCCACAGAGGCGCCGAGCACCGUCUGCGGCGUGCCCCACGGCGACGUCGACCUAUUCGCGCUGGCGACUCUGGCCGAAGUCGCAGCCAACACAUCGAAGAUCGAGUCGAACGGACUCGCCGAAGUGAGCGAAGACCCUUCCGAGGUAUAA